AUGAUCAGGUAUAAAAGGAAGGUCCUCGAAACUGUUGUUGCGAGCAAGGUACGGCAGGUAUCUCUCACCAACAAACAAGAGUCUGGACACAUCAGACAAGACUUUGUCACUCAUACGUACAAACAAAACCACAACACCAAAAUGUCCCUCCCAACCCAUAUGCGCGCCCUUUACCUCCCCACCAUCUCCCCCGAUCCUCAAAUCACCCUCCGCACCGUCCCCGUCCCCACCGUGGUCCCCGGCUCCGUCCUAAUCCGCGUCCUCGCCGCCCAAGUUUCCCAAAAGGUCUACGACAUCUAUUCUGGAAAAGUAGGUUUCACCCUUGCCCCCGACAUGAUCCUAGGCGGGGGGUACGCCAUCGGCCGCGUGGUCCAGCCCGGCCCGGACACCACCUCCCUCCCCGUCGGCAAGCUCGUCAUGAUCCAGUCCUUUCUCCGGGCGAGAGACAACCCGGAGGAGAUCCAAGCUGUUUGGGGCACUUUUGACGGCGGAGUGCCCGCAGCAGGGAGUGGAUCGAGAAGAACUGGAAGAAUGGCUCUUAUGCCGAGUAUAUCCUUGCCCCGUUGGAGAACGUCGAGCCGUUGGAUGAGGAGAGGCUUUGUAAGCCAAAAGGGGGAUGGUGGGUUGGGGUACAGUGUCGAGAAUCUGUUGCAGUUGCCUGUGCAGCUUGUUGUGCUGGGGGGGUGGAAGGGUAUCGGGCUGCGGGCGGGGGAGAGGGUGAUUGUUGCGCCGGCUACGGGCCAGUUUGGCGGUGCUGCGGUAGAGGUUGCUGUCGCGAUGGGGGCCGGGCAGGUCAUUGUCAUGGGGAGAAAUAUGGAGAUUCUGAAACGGAUUCAGGGGUUGUAUCCCAGGGGGAAGAUCCAGAUUGUACCCAUGUCUGGGGAUGAAGACGGGGAUGUGCAGAAGCUGACAAGCUGGGGGCCGGUGGAUGCAUACCUUGAUAUCAGUCCGGCUGCUGCAACAGGAAGCACCCAUGUGGGCAGCUGCUUCAAGGCCUUGAGGAACUAUGGGAGAGCCUCGCUUAUGGGCGUGCUCCCAGAGAGUCUCUCGGUAACGUAUGCCAUGAUUGUAUGGAAGAGCUUGACGAUCAAGGGGCAAUACAUGUAUGACAGAGCUGACGCCCAACAGAUUGUCAGGAUGGCCGAGUCUGGCGUGCUGAGGCUUGGACCGGAGACUGGCGUGGAGGUUGUUGGCAGGUUCAAGUUGGAUGAGAUUGACGAAGCAUGGGCGGUUGCUUCGAAGAACACCCAGUUUGGGAAGCUCAUUGCCCUCACCCCUUGA